UGAAAUCAAAGAAAGGGCAAUUACCAUGAAAGACUUGACUCAUCUUGUUUUUCUUUUCCUCAUGGCUUCUGACUCCAUCACUCCAUAUGGGAUUUCGUCCAUACUGUGAGUCAACCGGCAUCCUCCCAGUUGCUCUUUGAUGCGGUGAUUUAACCUCCCUGAGGACGCACUCUUUCUCCCUAUGAGCUCAACCCGCACACUUUAUCUUUUCUGUAAUUGAAACACCAAAAACCAACUUUCACAUUGCCGAAUAGCACACGUGCUGAGAGCGAUAUGGGGGACUUCAACUCCACUGUCGAUCAAGAUGGAGCGAUCAUUCCUUCAGAAAGGAGGAUCACGAUGAAAGAAUUAGAGAAUCAUCGCAGUGUUGACACAGGAGUUUGGAUCGGCAUUGCAGAGAAUGUGUAUGACAUCUCUAGCUUCCUGUCGCAGCACCCGGGCGGCGAUGCAAUUCUGCUUGAUGCAGCGGGAACAGAUGCUACCGAGGACUUUUUUGAUCUACAUAGUGACGAAGCCGAGAAGCUACUGCCUGCAUACCAUAUCGGUAGACUUUCAUCAUCCACAGAGCCGUCCAACUUGAUAUCCCCUGAGCCUCAAGAAGCCGAUGCUCCGUUCCUCCAGAGGGAUGCUUGGAAGAAGGUGGUCCUGCAUGAAAAGCAACGGCUCUCACAUGACACGCGCCUUUUCACUCUCAAAUGGCAGCACGACAGCCAGGAAUUUGGCUUGCCCGUCGGAAAGCACAUCUUCCUACGCCUUAAGAAUCCAAUUUCGGGCGAGCAGAUUGUUCGACCCUAUACUCCCAUUGCUGCGCGUUGCGAAUCCGGCGAGGUCGAUCUAGUGGUUAAGAUUUACAAUGAUAAAGACGCAAAGAAGUGCGGCAAGAUGACAACGACAAUCGAUCUUGCUUCAAUGGGCUCGUUGGUUGAGCUCAAAGGACCUAUUGGCAACUUUGAAUACACCGGACGGGGCAACUGCACCAUCUCGGGCAGGGAGUGCUAUACAAAACGAUUCAUCAUGAUCUCUGCUGGGUCGGGCAUAACUCCCAUGAUCCAGAUUCUCAGGGCCAUAGCUUCUGAUGAUAGCGACUUCACUGAGUGUCUUCUUCUGAGCGGUAACCGCUGUGAGGAAGAUAUCCUGUGCAAGGACCAACUGGACAGCUUAGAAAGGGAGAACAAACGGUUCCGGGUCGUAUACACACUCAGUAAGCCCUGCGACGGAUGGACUGGCUGUAGAGGCCGACUAGGCCAAGAACUCCUAGAAGCAGAGGUCGGUUCCCCAACGCCAGGGAGUGCAGAGAUGGUCCUUCUUUGUGGACCACCAGCAAUGGAAGCGACCGUCACCGAACUUUUGUCGAAGAAUGGAUGGAAGGAUAGAGACAUCGUUCGAUUUUAAACUAUAGGAUGCUUGUAGACUUAGAGUAUGUACUUAGAGGCGAUAAAGUUUUCAACAUGUAGUAUGAUUUAAACGAGAGAUAGACCCGGAAAGAUGGAAAUCAACGUCAGAGUUACAAUAUGCUCUGUAUUGUUUCCAUCGCGUAUUGAUUAUAGAUACCGACAUAUAUGUCACCACCCUAAUAACAUGAACCCAGUGGCUUCCCGAAC